AUGAAUAUUGACUAUGGUGAUAAAGAAUAUAAAGAAAAAUGUCAUUAUCCACGUGAAAUUAAGAAAACUUCUAAUAAGAAAGGACAAAGUAGUUCUUCUAAAAAUUUUGUUAAAUCGCCAAAUCUUAUGUCAACAAAAAAGUUUAACAAUGAAUCUUUAGAUAAUUCAUAUGCUUUACCAAAUACAGGUUCCAAGAUUCGACCACCUCCAAUUCAUCAAAUAUAUCAGAAUAGUGAAGAAGUAAUUGAGAUUGUUGGACGUGAUAAACUUGCUUUAAACAAUUAUUCAAUAUUACUUGGUUUUAUUACAUCUACACCAACAAGUUUUGACUCUGGAGAUUUAUUUUCUUCUCUUGAACAAUUUAAUUUAGGUGAAUCAUCUCUAGAUAAAGCAAUAGCUGAAUGUAAUAAUAUUAAGUAUUUACCAAAUUUUCAAGAAGGAAUUUUGUUAAAGUGUUUUGACAAAAAUCCAAUGUUUUCUUUUAUUCAUUAUAAUAUAUUUAAAAAUGAGUCACUAUAUGAAAGAACAACAACUAUUGAUAAUUUUAUUAAAUCAUUAUCACAAAAUUCAACGACAUCUUAUGGAUUGUAUGAGGAAAUGUUUACUAUAAACAAAAUGUCUGCAACUACUAAGCCAUCACUACCAUCACAUCGUCAUUCAGGUUACAUUAUUAUAACAUUCAAAAUUCUUGAUGAUUGUUCAAAAAAAAAUGAUUUAGAAAAAACUUGGCUUAGUUGGAGUGGAGCAAGAGAAAUUUAUAAAUAUUCUCCAAGAGCAUGGAAUUUAAGGAAAAUUUCACUUCUUAAAUGUGAUUCAAAAAUAAUAAUUAGUAAAAAACCAUUAUUUGAAUAUGUUUUACAAUGUGAAUUUGGUAGUAUUUUUCAUCCUGCCAAUACAAUUCAGGCAUUAGAUAUGUGUGAAAGACUUAAGACAAGAAAUUGUGGUCAUAUAUCAUUAUAUCAAGUACAAUAUGGAUAUGAAACAGAAUGUAAAAAUAUUUCUAAUUAUCAAUAUAAUGCUUUUAAUCAUCUUUCUUCAUCCCCACUAUUAUCGUCAUCAUCAAAUAUGACAACAAAUUCAAGAAAAGAAAGAAAUCCCCUUUUGAGAGGAGUAUCACAGGAUGUUGAUUCAAUUCCAAGAAAUUCAAGAUAUCGUCCAUCUUUAGGAAGUCAUAAUUUAGGAUACUCAAUCGAUGAACAAUCAAGAUUCAAAAGUUACUAUGAAAAUGAUAACUUUGAAUAA